AUGGUUUUGGCUCUCAUCAUCGCGAUUCCCCUGCUGGUACAAACGUCUAAGAUCGACGCACACUAUGAGAUGAUGGGCACCUGUCGGAUGAUCUGUGACCCGUACAACCCCAAACCAAGCGCCACGGCGCUGGAAGUCAUGCAGGACCUAAGUGCCGUUCCCUCUCCAUCCUUUGUUCAAGGGACUAAAGGCGAGCCGGGUAGGCCGGGAAAACCCGGGCCGAGGGGGCCACCAGGCGAACCGGGGCCACCCGGUCCAAGGGGGCCACCGGGUGACAGAGGAGAUUCUGCAAAGACCGGACACCCCGGGGUAAUGGGCACAGCGCGGACCGAGAUCGGCGGAGAGCUGGGCUCCUUUACUGGUGGGGCAAAGAUAGCGUUUUAUGUGGGUCUGAAAAACCCUCACGAGGGAUACGAAGUGUUGCGGUUUGACGACGUUGUCACAAACCUAGGGAACCACUACGACCCGACCACCGGCAAGUUUACGUGCCAAGUGUCUGGAAUUUACUACUUCACCUAUCAUGUGCUGAUGCGCGGAGGGGACGGGACAAGCAUGUGGGCAGACUUGUGCAAAAACGGACAGGUCCGAGCUAGCGCCAUAGCGCAGGACGCAGACCAGAACUAUGACUACGCCAGCAACAGCGUCGUCUUGCAUCUGGACUCCGGGGACGAGAUUUAUGUCAAGCUGGACGGCGGCAAGGCGCACGGCGGAAACAACAACAAAUACAGCACGUUCUCCGGUUUUCUUUUGUACCCGGACUAAUGUGGGGCAGUGGACUUGGGAAACUUAAACUAAAGCGCAGUAAAGUCCAGUUAAUGCUGCUAAUUGCAACGACCAGAAGAAGCUGCUACAGUGCAAUUAAGUCUUUUAUAUAUAUAUAUAGUUUGUCUACAGGGAUGAAGUAAUUCGACUUCUUCCUGUUCCACAU